AUGGACGAUUUGCGGCCUUCUCCUCUCGGAACCAAAAAGCAUUGGGAUGGUCACUACGAGAAAGAAUUGGAGAACUUUGUCGAAUUUAAUGACGCAGGCGAAAUUUGGUUCGGUAGGAUUGGUGAACGACGCAUCAUCGAGUACCUCUCAGGUUGUAGCACACCUCUUGAUUCAAGGAUAUUAGAUUUAGGAUGCGGUAACGGCCAUUUUUGUAUUGAGCUUGUGAAGCACGGAUACAUAUCUGUCAUUGGUGUUGACUAUUCUGAGACUGCUAUUAAGCUGGCGCAGAUGGUAUCGGCAUCUGCACGAUUUUCAGACCGAACAAAAUUUAAGUGUUUGGACCUGCUGUCUCCAGAGUCUGUUCGUGAUUUUGCUUCCCAAGAGGGACCCUUUGAUGUUGCCAUUGACAAAGGCACCUUCGAUGCUGUCACUUUGACGCCAGACGAUGCGAACUCUCUGCGGGUUUCAGAGAUGUCUCGAGACCUUUAUUUGUUUAACACGCACCACCUCCUUCGCCCUGAUGGCAUGGUGGUGAUAACUUCUUGCAACUGGGCCGCUGAUGAGCUGCGCCGGGAAUUUGAACGCAUCCGCGAGGGAAGAAAUCAGCUCUUUCAAUUUACCCACGAGGUACCUUCGUUAAGUUCAUUCACCUUUGGUGGUGUGGCGGGUGUUAGCAGCGUCUGUUUGGUUUUUAGGCGUCUCGAUUGA